AUGGAAAGCAAGGCGGCGGAGUGUAAUUGGGUUUUGCUCUUUGACAUCGCCCUUAGCCAUGGCGAGUCGCUUCGUCAGCAGCGUCUGCGGUACUGCGGGCUGUUGAUGCUACUACGCUCCGCUGGCCUCCUUGGGCCCACAACUGGGGUGUAUCAGGUCUUGCUGGAACCUCUUUGGCUUAUUUACGGGCAGCCGCAGCAACCGAGUGCGAAUGGUGUCACUUCGAAAAGCGAUAUUUCUCUGCAUGAUCUUACGGUUGACUUCGACGGGUUUCUUGCCAUUAUGAACGUCGCCUGUCUGAGAUGCUAUCAGACGCAGCGCUGCACGGAGCUUUUAGAGGAAAACAUUCCUGUGCUAGACGCUGUUAGGUUGUCCGCGGAGGAUAAAGUGCAGUUAAAGGAGAGCGUGGUUUACGCCGGACGCCGGUAUUUUAAACCCCUGAUUAGUCGCUGCACCGUGCUAAAGAGGUCUGUGGUGUCGCUGAACUCCAUGAAAAACGACUGGACACCCUACACCAAUCAGUUUGUGACUCAUGUUAUGGCUGCCGCCUCGGAGGCUAUUGUGUUUCCGCUUUUCAGGCGUUACGCGGAUUCUGGGCGAAUUUACCGUGCCGCCUUUGAGAAAAUGGUGAGCGACGUGUUUCCAAACUUUACCAGUAUCCAGAGAAAAAGCGCAAACUCUGUCUUUGACUACUGUGGAUUCUCUGGCAUUCAUAAUUUAAUGGAGCAUUCUUCAUUGGAACUUCCCAGGGGGAGAGUUGCGGCGUUGGAACUUGAUUCCUUUGCAGAGACACUUUUGAUGUUGGGGAUCGUGGCGUUUUCCGAUGAGUCAAAGUACGAGCACCAUCGACCACUCACGGCGAAGGUGUGGUCUGUUUUUGAGGACUACUACAGCAAGUUUAUGAACGCACCAAUGGUGGCUGAUCCUAUUGUGGAGAACAAAUAUGCCACGAUUCUUCCAGCUAUUAGCCUGCUGUUUCCUUCACCGGUGCCCAUCGACAAGACGUCCUCGUUUAUCAUUGGUGGGUGGAACUUGACCGUGAAUGGCCGCGAUGGAACCGAAGUGGAGCUGGCGCACGACUUCCCGCCACGUAUCUUGCAAUAUGACAAGGUACGGAAGUACUCUAACGGUAAACGUGCGAUGCCUAGCUCUGAAUGUUGGCCUUCCUCCAUCGCAGGACUGGCGUCAAAGCUGCUUGAAGAAGAGAUGAAUGAGCAAAACCAGGCGGGAUACGAUUUGCCAAUCUAUGGCAUGAGGCGUUGUACCGUGUACUUAAAUCAGGAUCGUGUUAUGGCCAUUCAACGGGGGCCGAAUAGAGUGGAAGUCGUCAUUCCACCCUCCAUUUGGGACGUCUCAGUCUCCACAACACAUGUUCGCUUCAUUGAAGAGGGGGACAAAGGUAUACUAACCCUUUCUCCUAUCACGAGGGCCGUGAUAUCCCUGCGCGAUGGCUCUGGUGACACGGUAUUUUGCUCAAAAGAGGUUUUCUUCGUGGCGGAGCCCUUAGUAGAGGUCCUUCCUCUCUUACAUGUGCGGGAGUUAAAAAACAUCUUUGCUAACCACACCACGGAAGCUGGGAUGACGUUUGAGCAGUUUGAUUCGGCAUGCGUUGAGCUAUGUAUUGAGACUCUGGUGUCUCAGUGGGGUGAUUGUGCAUCCUUUUUAAAGACGUACUUGGAUGGGCGGACUGUUGACGAGCUCAAUGAUAUAGAGAUUGCUUCCUGCAAAACGGAUGCCAUCACGUUUGAGGACUUUGUUGCGGCUGUGGCAACGCUCUUGUUGUACCAGUUAGACGCCGACGGAUGCAAACCUAAUAUUCCCUACCUCCUUGGGGUUCUUCUGUCACGUGCCGCACACAAGUUUCCACCCCUUUCCGGAGGCAAAACUGCUGUGGGUGCAACCUUGACGCCGAGUCCACCAGUAAAGGCCUUGCAGCCGUAUAAUGCUCGCAUUGACGUGCCGUACGCAAAUGCCUUGCGCCGGAAGGCCUUGUCGUUGGAUUUUAUUUCGGAUGUAGAGGAAAUACUGAAGAGUGUGGGGAAGGAUCGCCGCCCCGUCCGGCUUUUGCCAGACUUUCCCGCGGAGGCCAGGACGCUUGCAGUUGUUUCCCAGUACAGCAAUGAUGAGAAUGGGGUCUGCGAAAAGGUGAAGGUAGCCUCAGCGUCAUUGCGUGGGGCCUUUCUUAAGAAGGAGAUGGUUGUGUGUCAGCAAGGCUCGAAAACGGAAUGA